CCCAAGAACUACAUCAGUCCCAACGUCAAAGGUGAUUUGAUACUCGCAUUUCGAAUGCCAAAAUGCGAUUUCCGUGCUUCCUUUGAAUCUUUCUUCUUUAUUCUUAUCUGAACAAAAUGCCAAAAUGUUCAGGAGUAUGUUCUUCAGCUCCUCGGGUGGCCGGGCUUCCAGUGAAGAUGUUCGCGUGGGUUCUCGAGACGCCGGUCCUCGGCUCUGUCGUGCUUAAGAAAGAUCAAAGAUUACCUCGUCAACAAGCCAAGCUGAUGCAAUUCAUUUUUGCCGGGAACCUUCUUGGCUUGCCUGCCAUUACUGUUCCUGUUGGUCAUGACAAGCAAGGCCUUCCUAUCGGCUUGCAACUGAUAGGCCGUCCGUGGGGCGAGGCUAUCUUAUUGAGGGUGGCUUCGGCAGUAGAGGAGCUCUGCCUCAAGAAAAGAAAUCGGCCAUCCACGUUUUACGACAUCCUGAAGACCUGAAACAUCAUCAAUAUA